AUGUCGUCUUACAGUUCCCAACUUGAGCAUCUGAUUGAAGAUCUUGGCGGGUGUGGCCUCUUGCAGAAACUUCUCUGUACAAUUAUUCACACUUCCAGCACCGUUACUGUCUGGAGCAUGCUGGCUAUGUCAUUUAUUGGCUACGACUCUGACUUCACCUGUCACACACUCGACGUCAAGUUAACCACGCUGUCUACAUUAAACCUGAGUGAACUUUCUACUCAUCGUUUAUGCUCGGUCGGACAGAAUACGACAUGUAGUUCGUACAUAUUUUCCAAUAGCAUGGAUACAGUCGUAUCAGAGUGGAACCUUGUGUGUGACAGACAAUGGACUGUGGCUUUCAUUACAUCAAUUCAGAUGGUAGGUGUUCUUCUAGGAUCCAUCAUCGCUGGUCAGAUGGCGGACUCGAUUGGACGCAAACCAACCAUGCUCACAGGGUUUACCACUAUGGUUGUCUUCAAUUUCGUUGGCUAUUUUAUGCAGUCAUGGCAGACAUAUUCGGUUGUUCGCUUCUUCAUUGGCAUUGGAGUUGGAAUUUGCUUUACAGUACAAUUUCCGCUGAUGAUAGAAUUUGUACCGCCGCUAUGGCGACCAUUAGUAGUGUGUAUCCCUGCGGAGCCUCUCAUAUGUAUUCUAUAUGCAGUUGUCGCAUGGUGGUUACAUGACUGGAAAAGAAUACAUCUGUUAAAGACACUCAUCGGCACAUUCUUUCUAAUGAUUCUAUGGUAA